UGCGCGUGCCUGGGCCCGACUCAAAAGAACGCCAUCUUUGAUUUCCUUUCUUUCACGAUUGUAAACAAAUUGAGAAAGAACGCGAUCAUUGCUCCUCAAGGGAUCAUCAUUGUUCCUUCUACACUCACCAACAAGACACUAGAAUAAAACCUUGAGCUUCUUCACAAAUGAUGGGAGAUGUUUAUGCUCAGUCGCCCAGUAACUCUGAGGCAGCUCAGCUUCUGGCAACUUUUUGGCCUCGGCAGAUGCAAGACAUUAGGAACAUGUCAACGAAUGAUUUUAAGAUUCAAGAGCUGCCUCUAGCCAGGAUAAAAAAGAUUAUGAAACAAGAUGAAGAAGUCAAGAUGAUAAGUGCUGAGGCACCUGUCCUGUUUGCGAAAGCUGCUCAAAUAUUUAUUAAUGAGUUGUCGUUAAGAGCCUGGAUACACACAGAAGACAACAAGCGACGGACACUUCAGCGCAAUGACAUCGCCAUGGCAAUUACCAAGUUUGAUCAGUUUGAUUUUCUAAUUGAUAUUGUCCCACGAGAUGAGCUGAAACCUCCCAAAAGACAGGAUGCCAUUCGGCAAACAGUCGUGGCCCCUGAGCAGGUCCAGUACUACUUCCAGCUGGCCCAACACCAUGCAGUCUCCAUGCAACAACAACAGGGACAACAACAGAUCCCAGGCCAGGUCCCGCAACAGCAACAGGUGGCUGCUGCGGCAGCUGCGGCAGCCACAACGACAUCUCAGCCACAAGCGAUCAUCACAAGCAUGCCACAGCAAGUGGUCAGCAUGGCUACGACUCAAGCCCAGAUGAUUCAACAGCCACAAGCGCAGGAGCAGGGUGGGACGGAUCCACAGUAUGCCACGCAAAUCCAAUUCAACUCCGCUCAAAUGCAGUACUUGAGAUUACAACAAUUGCAAUUACAACAACAGCAGCAGCAACAGCAAUCCACACAAGUAACCACGCAACAGGGUGACCAGACUCAACAACAGCCAGCACAACAGACACAAGCGGCACAGCAACCCACAGAGUUCACAUUUACCUCUGGCGGCCAGAUAUAUCAAAUACAGCAACACCCACACUCUGGUGUGACCACAGCAGUCGCCAUAGCAACCGCACCCCAACAGCAGCAGCAACAACAACCGCAACAACAGCAAUUUAUACAGCAACAACAACAGCAGAAUCAAGAUCAAACAACACUAGCGACAACCGAGCAACAAGCUCAACAACAACAGCCUCAGUGAGGAUACAGAUCAGGUUAUCUGGUUGCACCAACACAUGCGCUCUGCACCUACUCGCUUACAGGCAACCUGGGCAUGACUAAAGAACGCUAACAUGAUAUCGCAGAUUGCAUUCACACAGAAAAACCUUGCGCUUACACGGGAGGGAUUAUGGUCCCGAAUGUAGCCUUCUUUUGCUCCGCCACGGGAAACAACGCCUAUGGACCUUGUCAAAACUGACAAGCCUGGUCACAACCGGCAAGUAAUAAACGCUAACACUUGGCUUUUUGGUCAAAGCCCUGGAUGCGAUCUCGUUGGGUGCUUAGCCCUGGGCAAACGAGUAUGGACACUUUGCUAACAGAGCAGGUGAACUACGACACAAAGGGAAUGAUGGCAAAGCAUGUUGCAGAAUACUCCACAAUCCGCAAGCAGCAAAGCAUUGUUAGCUUGGUGGUGGUAAAGGCAAAAAUAUACGUUUACUUAAGCACAGAUUAGGUUUGACUGUCGAAUUCGUUGUAUCGCGAUUUGUUUAUGUCUUUUCUGUUCCGCCAGUCAAAUUAUUCUAAGCCAAUCAGAUUCUUGCCAUCUCUCGCCUAGUACAGUUGCCUGGCUUUCUGUCGCGACACUGGUUUUCGUCCAGAGUAUAGCCAGGGAAGUGCACAAAGCGAGUCUCUGAAUGGUUUUACUGACGGAACAGACAACCAAAACAAAUCGUGUUUUGAAAACGCGGGUCGCGAUACCACGGAUUUGACAGUAAGACCCUAUAAUGAUACUAAUCCCUUGAUUUUAGACGCUUGGAACAAGACUAGUAUCCUCAUGCCCUCCUCCCACCACCAAGUUCUUAUAGGCCAAUGACUGCCCCUAAAAGUUACGAGUACGUCACUAGGGGCCUGUUCAUAGAAAGCAGGUUAGCGCUAACCCAGGGAUCUCGAAAUUCGAUUGGAUAAAAAGGGCAUUCAACCCUGGGUUAGCGUUAACUUGCCUUCUAGGAGGCCAGCCCUUUUGAAGUACAGACCUCAGUUUUACAGUAUCACCUUAACAGCGUCUUUGUUAUCACAGAUUCAUGUAUUGCAUUCUCGCUACACGCUCACUAUAUUCUCAGCACUAAAUGUCGCGUCGCAUUAUUUUAUAGCUAAUAAAUUACUAUUCUAUGCA